AUUUUAUUUCCAAAAGAAUACCCUUGAAGCGAGUAACAAAAUGUCAGACGGCGACGGGAAAGGAAUUUCUGAUAAAGAGAAAGAGUCAGCAUUGCAAAAUGAAAAAGAAAAGGACACCAGUAAAGAUGGGAAUAAAUCUGCUAAAUCCAAAGCUACAACACCAAAAUCAAAAAGUCCUGCUGGAAGUAAACCGGGCAGUGGUGUUAAAAGUCCCAAACCAGCAGCCAGUGCUAGAAGUGAUAAGAAAGGAACUCCUACUCCAAGAGGUAAAGGGAAAAGUAAAGUAGAAAAAGUAUCAACUCCAGCACCAAGUUCUGUUGAUGGUGGAGCAGAUGAUGUUUUACCUGAGAAUGCUGUUCCAUUGUUUAUGACAUCUAAAACACAAGAAAUAUUUGGCUGUAGAUGUGAUGAAGAUGUCAGUCAAGAAAUGCCAUUUAAAUUGAUUCCUAAACAAGAAAUUUUAGAUGACUUUAGAAACCGAGCUGGUGUUUGUGAUUUUACACCUAUUAAAAAAGACAUUUUGGACUACCCUGGUGAUGAGAUUUUGGUUGUUUAUGAUUAUGAUUUUAAAUUUGGCCAGAAUUUUUAUGUGGCACUGACUGAAGAAACAAAAGAAAAACUUUUAAAUCCACCUCAUGAUAAAGAUGGGGCUGAUACAGAAGGAGGUUUAGAAGAAGAAGAUUUAGAACCAGUUAUAUAUAAAUACAUACCACCUGAAGCUAAACCUUGGAUCUCUUUUGGUAGUGAGGUAGAAAUAUAUGAAGAAACAGUCAAAGAAAAUAGAGAAAAGGUGAAAGUGUUAUAUAAAAGAAAACGUAAAGAAUUUGGUGCUCCUGUGACUUUCAGUGAUAGAGAUGUCAAUGAUGCUAAAGAUGGCUAUAUUGAAUGUGUUUCUUAUGAAGAUAAGAAUUUUAAUCUAAAGAAGAUGGAAUUGGAUAAAGGACUUCAAGCUAUACCAGAGUCUAAUGCAUCUGGAACCCAAACUGAUUGGACUUAUCCAAGAAAUGCCAAUACUCAGUAUUAUCCUAGAGAGUUUUCUGAGGAACAACAGAAAAAAAUGGAAGCUGACAAAAACCUUCAAAACUUCCUGAAUGAUGCAGCACCAAGAUUUGAAUUGGCUCUACAACAAAAUGAAAUAAUGAAUGUGUUUUAUAAUGAUUGGUUACAUCUAGGUGAUGAUGAGAAUACAUUAGGUAGUAAAGCUGACAAUCAUUUAAAGGAAUAUCAAUCGUUUACUGAUUUACAAUUUAGUAAAGACAAAAAGAUAACUUGUAUUCAAUGGCAUCCUACUAUAAAAGGUGUCGUAGCAGUAGCUGUAUCACAAAGAUUAUCAUUUGAUGAUAGAGUAGAUCAUGGUGGUAAAAUUAUCAUGAAUCCAUCUUUAAUACUAAUCUGGAGUUUUACUGACCCUAUACAUCCACAGUUAUUGUUAGAAGCACCAGAUGAUAUUUAUAGUUUUCAAUGGUGUCCAAGUGAUGCUAAUAUCCUAGCAGGUGGUUGCUACAAUGGACAAGUAGUAUUAUGGGAUAUAUCGGCUGUAGCAGAUAGACUAAAACAACGUGGACAAAAUAAAGUCAAGAAAACCACAGUGCUUCCUGGAUUUGAAGAUCCGAAUGCAUUAAAAACACCAGUGGUUAGAUAUUGUGCUGUAUCAAGUAUAGAACAUAGUCAUAAAGCUAGAAUAACAGAUAUAAUGUGGGUACCUGAUCAUAUGGAGAUCAAUAAACUUGGAGAACCAAAAGAAAAUAAGAAUACACAGUGUGUACAAUUAAUGACAUGUGCUACAGAUCAUUGUGUAUUGAUAUGGGAUACUAGACCUAUUAAAAUUCAACAAACAAAAGAUGAUGAUAAAGGACCUAAAAAUCCAAUGGGAGUACCUAAUACUUUCCGACAUCUAGAUUUAACUUGGAAACCAUUAUUGAAGGUUCAACUCCAUAAAUCUGAGCCUGGUGGAGACCACAGUCCAACUAAAUUUACUAUACAUGAAAAACAAGGUACAAGACCACCUGUGAGUAAAGUUGAACUAGCUGAUAAAGAAUCCAGUACAACUGGUGGUUUCUCCUAUAAUAAACCUGCAUCUGGUAAAGAAAAGAAAACAUUACAAGAUGUUAAAACACAUUUCUAUGUUGCUACAGAGGAUGGGGAAGUAGUAUAUGUUGAUUGGAUGCCUCAAAAAGAUCAAGAUACAGGAAAAAUACAAACUCCUAAACCUGAUUACUAUCAUACUAUACAUGAUGGACCAGUUUCUACUCUACAAAGAUCACCAUUCUUUAAAGAUAUAGUAUUAUCUAUUGGAGGAUGGACAUUGGCUAUCUGGAAGGAAGGCGUGACUUCUGGACCUAUUUUACAUUCCUGUGCUGAUAAUAUAAGGUUAACUGGUGGACACUGGUCACCAUCAAGACCAGGAGUGUUUUUUGUUGCUAAAGCUGAUGGAAGUGUUGAUGUUUGGGAUUUAUUAGAUAAAACACAUGAAGCAUCAAUGAAUCAGAGUAUCUCAGCUACAGCAAUAACUACAUUAUUUCCUCAUCAGGUUACCCAAAAACAACAAUUAUUAGCUGUAGGAGAUAAUUCUGGUACAUUACAUAUCUUGGAAAUACCAUGGAGUUUACGCCAUCCUACUAACAAUGAGCAAGUCGGAGUUUAUAACUAUUUUGAAAGAGAAAUUAAAAGAAGAGGUUUUGUUGUGGAACGUUGGGAUUUUAGAGAAAAGGAGAAAAGAGAAAUAGAAGCUGAAGCUAAGAGAAAAGCAGGAAUUGCACCAAAUGUGGUAUUAACAGAUGAAGAAAUAGAAAUCAAACAGAAAAUUGAAUAUCAGAAUUAUUUGGAUGAAGAAGCCUCAUUUCUACGAGAACUAGGUUUAUUGAAAGAAGAAGCUGAACCUUUACCUGAAAUAUAAUAUUUAUAACUGUGAUAAUUUAUUCAUUUGUAGAUUAACUUUGAAUCAUCUGUAAUGUUUGUUAUGUUACCUGUAUUUAUUUAUAUUUUUAUUCAUUAAAGCAUAUUGAUAAUAUUUACUUGAAAA